AAAUAGGAGCUGAUAUCAGUUGAAAAUUUAGUUCAACCUUUACACCAAACCUCUCUCCCUGCAACAAGUCCUCCGUUCACCGGCACCAAUGGCGGCGGCGGGCGGCUUCGCGAUUUCCAUCUCAUCUUCCAGCUGUAGCGUUAAUUCGUAUACCAGAUUAAAAAUUGAUCAUUGCAGCAAUCUGUCGAGUUCUUCAAUGGUUUGUUUUCCUCCACGCUCGCGAGGCCUUUUCAAUGAUUUGAGGUAUAAGAUUUCCGAGCCUGAAACGCGGUCGUUUAGAUUAUGUCCCCGAUGCGAGCUUGCUUCCGGCUCGGAGAUCCCCUCCAAAUCGAGCCUCUCGGCUUUGGAGCUUCUGAAGACUUCCGCUGCUGAUCGCUAUACGAAAGAAACGAGCAGUGUUUUGGUUGUUGGUUUUAACUACCAUACAGCACCCAUUGGGAUACGCGAGAAACUCUCUGUCCCGGAAGCGCAAUGGCCUCAAGCGAUUGGUGAACUGUGUGCUCUGAAUCAUAUAGAAGAAGCUGCUGUUCUUAGCACGUGCAACAGGCUGGAGAUAUACGUGGUUGCUCUUUCCCAGCAUCGUGGAAUAAAAGAAGUGACUGAAUGGAUGUCUAAGAUAAGUUCAGUGCCAGUUUCGGAGCUGUGUCAGCACAGAGUUUUGCUAUACAACAAAGAUGCCACACGACAUCUUUUUGAAGUAUCUUCAGGGCUCGAUUCCCUUGUUUUAGGUGAAGGUCAAAUUCUUUCACAGGUGAAACAGGUUGUUAAAACAGGACAAGGGGUCCCUGGAUUUGAACGUAAAAUCAGUGGGCUAUUCAAGCACGCAAUUACUGUGGGAAAACGUGUUAGAACAGAAACCAGCAUCUCUACUGGCUCUGUAUCAGUAAGUUCGGCUGCUGUGGAGCUUGCUAUGAUGAAACUUUCAGAGUCUGCUCAUGAUUCCGCAAAAAUGUUGGUUGUCGGAGCUGGAAAGAUGGGGAAGCUUGUGAUAAGGCACCUAGCUGCAAAGGGAUGCAGAAGGAUAGUAGUUGUUAACAGAACAGAGGACAAGCUAAAUUCGAUUAGAGAUGAGCUCAAGAAUGUUGAUAUUGAAUAUAGGCCUUUCUCGCAAUUAUUGCCAUCUGCUGGUGAAGCAGAUGUCAUUUUCACGUGUACAGCUUCGGAAACACUUCUGUUUUCGAAAGAGCAAGUUCAGGCACUUUCCCCCAUGGGUCCAGAAGCUGGAGGCAAGAGGUUAUUUGUCGACAUUUCUGUUCCCAGAAACGUAGGAUCAUGCGUAUCAGAUGUUGAGAGCGUUCAAGUUUACAACGUGGAUGACUUGGAGGAAGUAGUGGCUGCAAACAAGGAAGACAGGUUGGUGAAAGCCAUGGAAGCUCAGGCGAUCAUUGAGGAAGAAGUGAAACAAUUCGAAGCAUGGAAGGACUCUCUCGAGACUGUCCCAACCAUCAAGAAGCUCAGGGCGUACGCAGAAAGAAUCAGGGCCGCUGAGCUAGAUAAGUGUCUGUCGAAGAUGCGUGAUGAUCUACCAAAGAGUGAAAAGAAAGCUAUAUAUGACCUGAGUGUCGGAAUUGUGAACAAGCUCCUUCACGGUCCCAUGCAGCACCUGCGAUGUGAUGGCACAGAUAACCGCGGGCUGGAUGAAAUCCUGGAAAACAUGCAGGCGCUUAACAGAAUCUUCAGUCUGGACACGGAGAUAUCCGUCCUGGAGCAGAAAGUACGGGCGAAAGUGAAACAGCAGAACAAGCAAGCAGCUUCUUGAGAUCUCUGUAUGCGAUUCAUUUGAUUUUGGGGAGAGUACCUUCUCUCCAUCGGCAUUGAGUUAUCAUUUUUGGAGGCGUCGUAACUAUGUAUAGGCGGGGACGAGCAACGAGGAUACAAGAGCAAGCCGUUGAAAUCGGGCUUAGCAUUAAGAAUAAGCAUGAGAGAGGUUAGCCUUUUCUUAUUGUGUUGACUGUAUACACAUGAUGACUGCAUAUUUUUGUCACUAAUUUGUGUUGAUGCAAUUCUUGUAAGCAUAUUUGUUAUGGGAAUUUGAUUUUUCUCAAAGCAUCUUCUUGUAAGCUAUAGAUAUAGAGAGAGGCAUCACAAUUUGUUGUAUCUGUUUGUUGCUUAUGCAACAUUUAAACAUUAUACUUAUGUGGGAUCUUUAUUCAGUA